AGGGCGCUUGGCCCGGGCCGGAAGUGGCCUGUGACAUCGCCGGAAGUGCUUGAGAGGCAGCUGGCCCGAGGCGGCGGGGGCCCUGCGAGCGGGGCGGAGGGAGCGGCGCCGACGGACGCUCCUAUUGCAAAAGCUGCUGUUGAAAAGAAAAAAAUUUUUAUAAGAAGAGAAUGGAUGGAGAAGAGAAAACAUACGGUGGGUGUGAGGGCCCAGAUGCUAUGUAUGUGAAGUUAAUAUCUUCUGAUGGCCAUGAGUUCAUUGUAAAAAGAGAGCAUGCAUUAACAUCAGGAACAAUAAAAGCUAUGUUGAGUGGACCAGGACAGUUUGCAGAAAAUGAAACAAAUGAGGUGAAUUUCAGAGAGAUCCCAUCCCAUGUCCUAUCCAAAGUAUGCAUGUAUUUCACCUACAAGGUCCGCUAUACUAACAGCUCUACGGAGAUUCCUGAAUUCCCAAUUGCACCUGAAAUUGCACUGGAACUUCUGAUGGCUGCAAACUUCUUAGAUUGUUAAAUAAAAUAAAUUAUAAUAAAAAAAUGUAAAACUUU